AUGUCCUUGCAGGACUUGCACAAGAUCCUGGGUGUGCGCCAGGGUGCAUCGCAGGGAAAGAUAAAGACAGCAUACUAUGCAAAAGCCUUGGAGCAUCAUCCUGACCGUGGAGGAUGCACAAGAGUUAUGCAAGAGAUCAACAGGGCCUUUGAGAUUCUCAGCUCCGAAGAAAAGGCCAGCAAGUUUGCUGCGGAAGCUGACGUUCCAACUGAUGCCCCAGCUGUCACUCCGUGUGCCUGCGGAUGUCCCGAGUGCAACGAUUUCAUCGACAGAGGUUGUCCGCCAGGCUCAGGUGGUUGUCAGGCAUGCGAAGUCUGUGAUUUACCCAGCAGGAAGCUGGCACGUUUCAUGCGGGAAGACGUUUUGCAGCUUUGGCACUCCCGGGAGAGCGUGACUUGCUCUGAAGUUGUUGUGCUGAUGCAACGGAUGCUAAAAGACUUUGUGCCUCUGGUGCUUCCGCAGCAGAAUGCUGUGGCUGAGCUCCGCGGCUUGGUGAACAAGUCCGAACUCAAUGGCGUUCAAGGCACAGUGCGUGGUGUGCUGCCGGACGGCUGUCGAUUGCUCCGCAUCCGGCGCCCACAGGCAACACAGCAUGAAAGCCUGAAAGUGCGCACAUCAAACUUGCAUGCCACUACGCCGGAAGGCAUUGUCAUUCCGGACUUCGCAUGCUUGCUUGGGGAUGUCAUCCGCCUCCUCGCCCCCCUCGCUGCCAAACAGCUGGAUCAGUGGAGGCUCUUCGCCUCGGACAUGGAACCGGAAGAGUUGUUGGAAAGUGCUUGCUGCUCCGCAGCGGACGUGGCCACUCAAGCUUGUCGAAACCCCGGCUCUUCUUGGUCAGCUGAUGCCAGCAGGGCUCUGCAGAAUCUCGGCCUCUGCUUGCAAGCGCUGGCCAAGACGAAGCACAUGGCCAGGCUUGACAGCCUCGGUACCUUCUUCCUUCGCGCCGCCCAUGCGUCUUUAGAGGCUGCCUUCUACGCAGAUUCGGAGAAGCAGCUGUCUUUGGACAUGGGCUCCCAGCGUGAAGAGCUGCGAAAGAUUCUGCAUGAAACAGCCGCUCUCCAGCUCACCCAGGCAGCCGAAACGUGUGAUGAGGCUGGCAAGGAUCUCGCCCAGUGGACGGCCAAGUUGGCAGAGUUGAAGCACCGCAAGGGCGCGGGUGAGCAUGAUGCAAAAGCCCUCGAUGAGCUGGAGGAAGAGAUGGACAUGGUCUUGUCGGGGAAGAAUGAUGCCAAGAGUCGGUUGGAGGGAGGCUAUGCGGCUGUGGCCCAGUUUCUAUGCUCCACGAGCGAUUGGACCCUGGAGGAUGCGGUUUUCUCUGCCCUCAGUCGGCUUCCGAACCACGGUGGUGCCUGGUGUGGCCGACUACUGCAGGUCGCGAAGCAAUGCUUGACGGAGCCUGCUCAAGCCAUCGCAAGUGCGAACAGCCUCUUGUGGGAGUCCCUGGGCCAUCCCGACAUGGACGGCAUCUACCGAACCCUCGCUCGUUUCAGUGCGAGCCUGGCCAGCCGCGGUUGGCUGAGCGUCUUCCACGAGGACGGUCUCCGGGCUGUGCUGAGCCAGUGUGGUCAGCACUCCGGCGCGGUGGAUCCUCCCUCGUCGAGGCUCUUCGAGCAUGUUGGAGAAAGCAGCAACAUGCGGAGGAAGAUGUUCCGGAAGCUUGAGGACCAGUUGCUCAGAGACUGGAGGGAGGAGCCGACUCAGGAGAAAGCCCGCCUCACAGCUUUCAGAUACUUGGAUUUCAUCCGGCUCUGUGAGCACUCCGCGGAGCACGUCGCCUGUUUCCUGAACAGCGCAUUGUGGUUGGGACGGGCGCUAGCUUUGGCAGCUGGCGAGCAGGUGGAGAAGCAGUAUGCGAUCAAAGAGGGCGUUCUCUUUCUUUGUCGAGAUGUGUGCCGACUGGCUAAGGAGCAUCUGCACCCAGGCAUGCAGGCCUUUGUCUUCCGCAGCGUAUCCCUGCUGGGGAACUGGGUUGUUUGUCAAGGCGAGCUCGCAGAUGAGAGCGACCUUCCCUUCUUGCAGCGAUCCGUUCGGAACUGGCUCUAUGCAGUCCGGCUCUGCCCGUUUGGAGUGCCACCCAGCAUCCUCGUCUCCGAUGCGAUUUUGUUAGACAUCGUGCUGCGGCAGUUCCACGUGGCCUACAUUGACGGUUUGGCAGCAAUGGACGCCUGUCAUCCGCAAUCAUGUGUCCCUCCUCCGGUGGUGGAGCAGGCACGCUUCGAAACGUUUGCCAUGGGGCUAGACUGCCUUCGCCACGAACAGGAUGCCCUCAAGCAAGAGACUGCGAGAUUGCGCGCUGUCGAUGCAGUGCUCGCUUAUGGCGGAUGGACGAGAGCUUCCGUUCGCGAACUGCUUCGUUUCGACUAUGCGCAGCGUGGUGAGGAUGGAUGGCGAGUGAACGCCGAGCAGCCCAAGCUCCCAGCAACGGAAACCGGCACCGUGCAGAGGGUCAAAGAGAUCAUCUCGCUUCUGAAGACGCGGCGCCUGACCACGGAUCCUUCGCCGAAUCUUAACCGACGCCUGAUGCGAGGAACGCAACACCAAGUGGCCAAGCUUCUUCAUCGCCUCAGGCGCAAAGUGUCCAACAAGAGGUACCUGAGGAAUACUGAGGAGGAAGGCCAGGACGAUGACCAGCUUGUCCGUGACCUUGAAAGAGCCUUUGAAGAGGAGCAGUGUCCAACAGAAGCUUCGGGAAGUGCAGCCCACCGCUCUCCACUCCCAGAGUUGGAGAAGGAGCUGAGCUCCUUGCUUCAACGGCUUUCGACCGUGCAGCGUCCGGUGCGUCCGGUCGGAAGGUCACUUCGUGGCGUGACAUUCCACGGGGACGGUCGGAUGGAUCUGAUGAUCGAGGACGGGCCUGGUGGUGUUCCCGCAGCACUUUUCGAUCAGAUGUUCAAUGAGGUGCUCGCCCUGCCGGAGGAGGAUGUCGGAAGAGGCCUCUUCUUCAGUUUGGACCACCCGAAGUUCGUCGAGGAGUGCGGCCUCCUCCGACACCAUGUCAUGCAGCAGCAGCGGCACUCCCUGGGAGAUGCACGAGAAGUAGUCCGACUCAUGCACCACUGUGACUACCUCAUGAAGGAGCUCAGUAUGGGUGUGGAAGUCAAUGCCUUGAGUUUUGGGUGUAGAGACGCCUCUGCUCUGCACAGUCGUCUGCCAUCGUACCUCGUGCAGCUUCUGAAGCCCAUUCACGAGCGUGGAGGGGGCGAGCGUGCGAUGCACCGACUUUGGCUCGAGGCGGGGGACGUGCAGUUCGAGCGAAAGCGGGAGCUUUCAUGUGAGGAUGUCUUCAUGGACACCCCGGUGAUGCGCGUCCGCGCGCACCCGCUGGACUUUGACGAGCUGGGAUCGCACCAGGACAGCCUGGAAGAUGCCCCUCCCGAGUGCGAGGCAGCACAGUUUGCUCGGGCCAUGACGCUGACCAUGCAGAACAUCUCCGAAGCCUUUCCUGAGUUCUCAUGGUUGUCCGAAAUUCCCAAGAUGCAGCGGGUUGCACAGGAGAUCCUCAUGCACCAGGACUUCAUGCAGAAACGCCACAAACAGCAAGAAAAGGUUUUGCCGGAACUGCUGCAAAGCUACCGCGAACAGAUCCCACAAUGGCCACAUCGGGCAGACAGCCCCGAGGAAAUUCUCCAAAAGCUGUGCGAAGACAACCCUCAUGCCACACGAAGCGAAAUCCGAGUGCACCAAGUCUACAAGGACGCUUGCCGCGAGGCCCCGCGAAGAGCCCAGAACCGGGAUUCCAAUGCUGUCGAGCAGAUUUCGGAGCAUCUUGCCGAAUUCUCAGAGAGGCGUGCAAGCCCUGAAGCGCUGCAGCAGCUGGUGAGGCAGUGGCUGGACACAGGUGGCGCUCAAUGGCUUUGCCAGCACAUGGCAGGCGCCAUGCGCCAACCGCUAGACCGCUUCAUGAAGGAUGUUUCACAGCUGCGAGGCCGUGCGGCCCCGGCCGCUUCGGGAUCGCUUGCACGGAGCAGUGCGCUUGUUCCUGCCGCUAUCUUCCUCCAAGAAGGUGCUUCCAAGUUGCGGUUCGUGCAUGGCGGCGUGGACUUGGGAUCUCGUUUCGUUGAGGCCGCCUUUCCUCUCCAUCGUUCGGACUUUUGGCGCAGCUGCCGACGGGCUUCUGGAUCUUGCUUGGCCACGCACCAAACUCCUCCACUUGAUUCAAGUUCAGGCGGAGGUGGAGGACAAGGAGGGAACCCGAAUGCCACGCUCCUAGCAGCUCUUGCUCGCCAGCAUGAGCGCGACGAUUCAAGCACACAAGCGAGGGACAAGGGUUCCCAGCAGCUCCCAACCACUGUGCUAUUUGAUUCAUGCAAGGCACCCAUGUCCUUCAAGGAGCUGCAACAGAUUGACCCAAAGCUUGCCAACUCCUUCCGAACUCGCGGCGGCUACAAGCCCCUGAGUGAGGCUCAGGCCCUCUAUAACAAGGUACCAUCGAAUGUACGUGCCCAGGGGGCGGAUGCCAUCAAGGAGUACCUGUCCACAAGAGAUGCAUCUCACAUCCAAGCAAAAGCACAGGGUGGCGACAACACAGAGGCCAACAUGGUCUUUGAAGAUAAGACUCUGAACAGGGGGCGCAACUACGACUACAAAGCGGGACGUCGGUCUUCACCGCAUAUGUCUCAGGAAGAGCUUGAAGCAGUGAGACGAGCUGACGCCGAGGUGAACGGGAGCCAGCCCUCUUCAGGCGUGAUCCAGAACACCUUGAAGACCGCAGCUGUAGCAGCAGCGAUAGAAGGAGGUAUCUCUGCACUGGAAGAUGGUGUUGACUACAGGAAGGGCGAGAUCAGCGGGAAAGAAUAUGCAACGCGAGUCGCGACAAAGUCAGCCGUAGCUGCAGGCACAGGGGCUGCUGUAAGCCUCGGCUACACUGCGGUGGUUACAGCUGUGCCCGUCGCAGCUACGGUCCUGGCACCGGUGGCCGUGGGCCUCGCCGUGGUCGGGGCCUGUGCUUCAGCCGUGCGAGUUGUCAAUGCCGUCACAGAACACCGCAAGCUGAACGAGGAGAAGUGA